AAAAAAAAACAGAAUCCAACUGGUACUUGCCGCCCAUGUCUCCCAUUUGCACAUGCCAGCAUCCACGAGUCACUGUCCCCCCAAUUUCCCUCCAAACAAGAUUACCCAUUUUCAGCUUAAGGAGGGAGAAGCUAUGGAAUCCUUGAGCUGCCAUUUUCAGUUCACGUUUCAUAGAGUUUCCAAGAAUGUGAAAGCCAGGUCUUCUUCUGUCUCCUGCUCGAUUCAGCCUACUCAGAGCAACAUCAAGGUAGUGAUAAAUGGAGCAGCAAAAGAGAUAGGGAGGGCAGCUGUGUUGGCAGUUACCAAAGCCAGAGGGAUGGAAGUUGCUGGUGCUGUUGACAAACAAUUUGUCGGAGAAGAUAUUGGAAAGCUCUGUGACAUGGAAGAACCGCUGGAAAUACCAGUGAUAAAUGAUCUCACCAUGGUUCUAGGUUCCAUAUCUCAGUCGAAAGAGACAGGAGUGGUUGUUGACUUCACUGAUCCUUCCACGGUUUACGAUAAUGUCAAGCAGGCGACGGCAUUUGGGAUGAGAAGUGUGGUGUAUGUGCCCCGGAUUAAAGUAGACACCGUAGGGGCAUUGUCAGCAUUCUGUGAUAAGGCCAGCAUGGGGUGUCUGGUUGCGCCAACUCUAUCAAUCGGAUCGAUUCUCCUCCAGCAAGCAGCUAUUUCAGCUUCCUUCCACUACAACAAUGUAGAAAUCCUGGAAUCAGCAGCAGAUGCAACUGACCUUCCAUCAGCAGAUGCUGUCCAAAUUGCAAAAAACCUCUCCAACCUGGGGCAGUUCUACAACAAGGGAGAUAUAACAACAGAUGUUGCGGCAAGGGGACAAGUUCUUGGAGAAGAUGGGGUCAGGGUGCACAGUAUGGUACUACCAGGGCUCCCUUCCAGCACAACAGUUUACUUCUCUGGCCCAGGAGAGGUUUACUCCGUCAAGCAUGACAUAACAGGCGUGCAGAGCCUUAUGCCUGGUCUAAUCUUGGCAAUUAGAAAGGUGAUCCGUCUUAAGAAUCUAGUGUACGGCCUGGAGAAAUUUUUGUAGGAAACUAGUAAAGUUCCCUCAUUACUGGAAGCAAACAAGCAGUUGAAGAAAACAUGUCUUCUGCAGACUGGGCUUUUUCAAAAAGGGAACACAGCAGAGAAGAGGAUACUGUUUAGUAGAGAGAUGAGUAUAUUAAAUCUAUAUCUGUUCCACACUAGCGAAACGUGUUGGAUAAGAGGAGCAAUUAAACAUGAUAGAUCCAAGGUUCCUUUGAUCCUCGAAAAUUUUGGUUCAACCUCCCCAGUUAUUGGCAUUUGAGGUUUAAACUGACCGUUUAUAAAACUGCACUAUCACAGAGAAGUAUUAAGGACCAGUGAUUCUGAAC